CUUGUUACUAGGAAGAACUUUUCAAGUUUCAAAACUAACUUGAAUCGAUGCUAAGAUAUCCGGAAGAAUUACGCAAAUGACUACUAUUGCGUCAACGUCGACCACAAUCUUAGACCUGCCUCCUAGCUGUAUUGAGGUCUGCCCUUGGGAUCAGAGCGUCAUCGCAGUCGGGACGUACCAUCUUGAAAAGAAAGACGACGCAGAACCGUGCGCGGGUCAUAAUCCCUCAAUCCAGAAACGAAGAGGCAGCAUUCUUAUCUUUCAAUUCUCAGACGACUGCCGCACAGUCGAGCUUGCGCAGACCUGGCCCACGGAUUACGCAAUCUUGGACCUUCACUUUCCCAUACGCGGGACCGAGAAGUCAAAGAAUUUCUGGACCGCAAAUUCUACAGGAUCUUUAAGCUGUUACUCCGUGUCAGAAAACCCUUCUUUCAUCAUCACAGGGAGUUCAAUCUGUCAGCAGUGGGCACCUAACGUUCUCGUCCUUGCCUUUGCGUUCCACCCAACGAUCUCUCAAGUGCUUGGCGCUACACUCUCUGACGGCUCUGUGGUCCUAUGUAAGAUAAGCGAGAGCGAUAAAGUGGGCGUACAGUCUAUGAAGCAUGUCGGCAGCCACGAUCUCGAAGCCUGGACCCUGUCCUUCGACCUUUUUGGAAAUAGAUGCCUGUCUGGAGGCGAUGAUGCCGUGUUGCAAAGCAUCUGCGUGCAGAAUUUGCAAGAAAUCACUCGUUGUGACUCGAUAGAGGAGGAUUUUCAUCCUGUAAUUGAAUGGAGGAAUCGACGCAUACACUCUGCGGGUGUGACGGCGAUACUGCCCUUGCAAGAAAAUCUUGUUUUGACUGGCAGCUACGAUGAUACGUUGCGUGUUGUUAUACUCACAAAACCUCCUAGAUUACUAGCAGAAAAAACCAUGGGUGGUGGUGUUUGGCGUCUCAAGCUCAUCCGCGUUGAUCAAGCUGCAAACCACUGGGUUUACGACAUACUUGCUAGCUGUAUGCAUGCUGGAGCAAGGAUCGUUCGUAUUACUUUAGCGAAGGAUACGAAGAUGGAUCUUCAGAUCGAUAUUCUUGCUCAAUUUGAAGAGCAUGAAAGCAUGAAUUACGGCAGUGAUUUCAUUCGGAGAGGCGAUGAGUACGCCAUACUGUCCACAAGCUUUUACGACAGACGACUUUGUGUCUGGAGUUUCCACACGCUGGAAUUCGAUACAAGUCAGAACAACGACAUCAAAGAAUCAAACUCAGUGACCUGAGAAAUAGAUCCUGCCGCUAAGACGAGAGAGAAAAAAAGACGACCGAAAUUCUCAUCACUCCUUCUUAACAUCCACAAUAGAUUCACCCAGAUUACUUUCCUUGGCUUC